AUGCCAAUCCCCAUCGCUCAUCUGCUGCUCUUGAUCCCGCAGCAAAGCUGGACCGAGGUUCCGGACCAUGUCUUCGCAGCUCAUCUGGGUCGGCUUCAAGAUUGUGCAGCUCCCGGCGAUCCCUCACACAUCAUUCCAGACUAUGAUACUCUGUGGUGGAUGGGGCACACCACCAUUCCAAACGAACCUUGGCGAUGGAAUCGGGUCAUGGAGUGUUGUGGAUUCCACUAUGAGCACUGGCUGGGCGGUGUUGAGGAUGAUGGUCUGAUUCUUCUGGAGACAGUGGAUCAAACCUCCAUCCCAUCUCUUAUGGGACUUUGGUGGAUCCGAGAACGAUUGGUGAUAUUGAUCGAAGAACAGCGGGAGGGCAUCAGAGAUAAGAUGGGUGAGAUACAAAUGUACACUGGUAUCCUCACCCGAUUGCAGUGA